CUGUGAGUAAUGCAGUUUACGUGAAAAAUCGCCACUGUCCAGUUAUAAUCAAACAGGGAAAAUAUUUUUAUUUUCAGGCUCUGGAGAUACAGCCAGAAUUUUUCGUUCACAUGGCAGCAGCAAACUCUACUCCGCCUGGCUCUCUAGAUCUAAACCAGCCUGGAUUUGCAAAGGAGAUCCUGGGAACUAAACUGGAGGUCAAGUACCUCUGCUCCGAUUGCAAGAAUAUAUUGAGGAGGCCAUUUCAAGCUCAGUGCGGACAUCGCUACUGUUCCUAUUGCCUGAAGAAAAUUAUAAGUGCCGGACCUCAAAAGUGUGCCAGCUGUAUUCAGGAAGGAAUAUACGAAGAAGGAACUUCUAUUCUGGAAACAAGCUCGGCUUUCCCAGACAACGCAGCUCGUCGGGAGGUGGAAAGUUUGCCUGCUGUCUGUAUUAACAGCGGCUGCACUUGGAAGGGGACUAUUAAAGAAUACGAGGCUCAUGACGAAGUCUGCCCUGAAUUUCCGCUGACUUGCGAAGGCUGUGGGAAGAAGAUUCCAAGGGAGAAGUUUCGGGACCAUGUGAAGACUUGUGGCAGAUCUAAAGUGCCUUGCAGAUUUGAGGUUGUCGGAUGUGCUGAGGUGGUGGAAAAUGAAAAGCUACUAGAACACGAAAGCAAGUGUUUGGCGGAGCAUCUCUACAUGCUACUGAGUUUUGUGCUCAGCCUCAAGGCUGGGUCUGGAGACCUAAAGCCCCUUCCUGCCCUUUCCUCAUCACAAAACAGCUCCCCGCUACUGGCAGCAAACUCUCUGUGCUCGGAGUCGGAGCUCUCCAGGUCCCUGGAGCUCUUGGGAAGAUGUGAGGCCCUUGAGAGGAAAACAGUGACCUUUGAGAACAUUGUCUGCGUGCUCAAUCGGGAGGUGGAAGGAGUGUCUCUAACAGCCGAAGCCUACAGUCGGCAACAUCGACUAGACCAGGAGAAAAUCGAAACGCUGAGUAGCAAGGUCCGGCAGCUGGAAAGGAGCAUUGGGCUCAAAGAUCUGGCCAUGGCUGAGAUGGAGGAAAAGAUCCGCAACAUAGAAGCUUCCACCUACGAUGGUGUUUUCAUCUGGAAGAUAACAGAAUUUGCCAGGAAGCGUCAGGAGGCGAUAACAGGCCGCUCCCCUGCGAUCUUCUCUCCAGCUUUCUACACGAGCAAGUACGGCUACAAGAUGUGUCUGCGCGUUUACCUGAACGGGGACGGCACCGGGCGUGGGACCCAUCUGUCCCUGUUCUUUGUGGUGAUGAAAGGACCCAACGACGCACUUCUGCGGUGGCCCUUCAACCAGAAGGUAACCCUGAUGCUCCUGGAUCAGAACAACCGGGAGCACAUCAUCGAUGCCUUCCGACCCGAUGUGACAUCCUCCUCCUUCCAGCGACCCAUCACAGAAAUGAACAUUGCCAGCGGCUGCCCACUGUUCUGCCCCGUCUCCGUGAUGGAAGCCAAGAACUCCUACGUGCGUGAUGAUGCCAUCUUUAUUAAAGCCAUCGUUGAUCUCACGGGCCUCUAACCCUCCUCACCUCUGGGAGCAGUGAACACAGAGCCAGCCCCGAAUGGGGCAUCCCCCUCUUGCGCUGCACUUCAGGCAGGUCUCGGAGCAAGGAGGGGGCAAAAAGCAGGAGGGGAAAAAGCCCUUCCCAAAAAGGGACCUUCGCUCUGAGUGGAAACAAGGUGUCUGAUGGGAACCCUCUUCCCUGGUGUCAGAGAGACCUUCCCUGAGAAGAGGUUUGGGUGGACGUUCACGGUCUGUGGGGUACAAGAAGAUCUGCUGCAGGGACUUGGGUGUCUGAACUGCCGCUCUCUGGGCUCCCAGUGGAAACCAGUGCAGCUCUUGCUCUACCAGUUUAGUGGACGGCCUCAGUGCUCUGUAGUAAAAUAAGGAUUUGGCCUGCCCAAGCACCACCUCACGUGGAUGUUUGGCUCAGCCGCCUAGGAUUUUUUUCAAAGAUCUCCAUGUUCCUGGAAGUUCUGUGUCCUGCAGGGAUGCCGUCGCUCUGCGCUGCUGUGCCUCGGUGGAUGGGAAGGGUGUGUGGCAGAC